GAGUGGUAACGCUAGUAGUGGCUAGCCCAGCCAGCUCCUGUCUGAGGGGGACUAGAUUGUGGAAACUUAACGUUAUCGUGGGAAAUAUAAUAAUUACUGUGAAAAUCGUUUGUUUUAAAACGUGUGACUAGCAACCCUAUGCGUACGUUUUAGUUUUUCAACUGAAUAAGAUGUCAACUCCAGCAAGACGACGUUUAAUGAGAGAUUUUAAGCGGCUUCAAGAGGACCCUCCUGCAGGAGUUAGUGGAGCCCCGUCGGAAAACAAUAUCAUGGUAUGGAAUGCCGUAAUUUUUGGCCCAGAGGGAACACCUUUUGAAGAUGGAACUUUCAAACUCACAAUAGAAUUCACAGAGGAAUACCCUAAUAAGCCUCCAACUGUGCGUUUUGUCUCCAAAAUGUUUCAUCCAAACGUCUAUGCAGAUGGUAGUAUAUGCUUGGACAUUCUUCAGAACCGCUGGAGUCCGACUUAUGAUGUUUCUUCAAUUCUAACUUCAAUACAGUCUUUACUGGAUGAGCCGAAUCCCAACAGCCCAGCCAACAGCCAGGCGGCUCAGCUGUACCAGGAGAACAAGCGGGAGUACGAGAAGAGGGUGUCUGCCAUCGUGGAACAGAGUUGGCGCGAUUGUUGACCCCCUCACCGUUCAAAGUAUGAACAAUAUUCAGCCUCAAGUCAAAAGAGAACAGAAGAAAAAUAUCUCAAAGGAAAUGAAAUACACAUGGUUUGAAUCUUUCUCUGCAGUAUGGUUGUCUGUUGUGGUUUCCCUUCAUGCGUAAUGCUCCUCCUGGACAAGAGCACAUCAAAGUAAAUGUACCUUGUUAUAUCUGGGUUACUUACAAUGUAAUUUACCCCCAUAUUUUUUUAUCCUGGAACAAAAAGGUACUUUGGGGGGUCAGGAGUUAUUCUUGUCAUUUUAGUGUUUUAAGUCUUUGGCUUGUAGUGUGAUUUUGCUGUAUUGAUUCAGAUAAUUGUGUAUAUUCAGAAGUUUGAGGGUUUUUGCUGUGGUUCGACUGUUUUGUUUCUAGCUUUCACACGUUUGCCUUUUUGGAGCUGCAGUAUGAUAGUAAUCCAACUAAGAAACAAUGUGAUGAACACCUGUCAUGGACUUUUCUCCAACCAAUGUCAAUUUCAAAACCUUACCUUUUUACAUACACAAACCAUGUUCUUGUUAGGGCUUUGUUUUAUGAAUUGAAUGGCUCUUUGAAUGAUAUCUCCAACAGGACUCAAGUGUUUCGGUAAGGGACAUACUUGGUGCACUUUUAAAUGCAAGUCCUGUAACGCUAGUGCAAAAGCAUAUUUAUGAAGAUGAUUGACAAAUUGCCUGCUCUGAGAAUUUGUGGUAAACUUUUUCUCAUGCACAGAACUCAAUGUAUCAAGGCAAAGGUUGUCUGUACUUAAUGCUCAAAUCUUAUGGUUUAGAUGCCCAAUUACUUGAGUUCCAUUUAUUUGUAUCAUUACGUAAUUACAAAUACCACAUGGGAAUGUUGCAGUGUCCUUAACACCAUUCAAU